AGUAAGAUGGACCAGCAGACCCUUGCUGCCGUCUUGCAGUUUCUUAAGAACAACAAGCUGAAGGACGCUGAGGCUGCUCUGAGACGGGAGGCCAAGCUGCCAGAUGGGAGCGGGGACUCUGGGGGGUCAUCCAGGGUCGCCACCAGCGGAGAAGUGUCAUCGGUCCUGUCAGCUUACGAGAGCGAAGGGGACCUGGCAAGGUACUGUGAAUACUACAGCUCUCUCAGUUCGUUCAUCGAGUCCUCGCUAGACGCCCACAAACACGAGCUCGGCUGCCUGCUGUAUCCAGUGUUUAUCCACAUGUACCUGCAGCUGGUCUACAACAGGCAUGAGAAGGAGGCGCAGAAGUUCUUCAACAGGUUCAGUGUAGAGCAGGAAGACUGGCAUCAAGAGGACCUUAGGACUCUGUCUACAGUAAAGACCAGAGAACAGAUGGAGGUGAAUGACCUGAUGGACACAUUCCGCUCCAGUAAGUUUGUGCUGCGGAUGUCGCGGGACUCGUACCAGUCCCUGCGGCGCUACCUCAAGCAGAACGAACAUCGCGAGCUGCUCUCCAUACUGCAGGACCACCUGUUCAUCGAUGUGUUCGAUGGGGUUCCACGCAACAGGGAACAGGUACAAGCCACGUCAGGUGCGAUGAUGGGGGAGGCCAGGAGAGAUGCUAACAAGGUCAAGGUGCUGUAUGGACUGCCUAAGGAGCCAGACAUCAAUGUUCCCCUGGAUGAUGAUGAUGAGGGAGGAGACGGAGAAGACAAGCCCAAGAAGAAGAAGCAGAAGAAAGACCUGCUGCUGAACAAGAACAAGAAAGCCGACCCCAACGCACCCCCUCCCAGCCGCAUACCGCUGCCUGAGCUGAAAGAUGCAGACAAGUUGGAGAAGGUUCUAAGCUGGAAGGAGGGUCUGAAGCGAGUUCCCCUCGGGAGGGAGAACCUGCCGUCCAUCUGCUUUUACACCCUGGCCAACGCCUACCAGAAUGUGUCGGCUGUGGGGAUCUCAGAAGACUCCAGUCUACUGGCUGCAGGUUUUGAGGACUCGAAUGUGAGAGUGUGGAGCCUGUCCCCCCAGCGCCUACGCACCAUGCGCGGAGCAUCCGAACUGGACCAACUCGACAAGGAGGCGGACGACAUCGUCGAGCGAAUGAUGGACGAGAAAACAGCGGCGGACUCCUGGCUUCUGCACGGGCACACGGGGCCGGUCUACUCGACAAGCUUCAGUCCAGACAGGGAGCAGCUACUGACGUCGUCAGAGGAUGGGACCGUACGACUGUGGAGCCUGCAUACUUAUAGUAACUUGGUUGUCUACAAAGGACACAACUACCCGGUGUGGGACGUCCAGUUCAGUCCGACGGGGUACUAUUUCGUUUCGGCGGGCCAUGACCGCGUGGCUCGACUCUGGGGCACCGACCAGUUCCAGCCCAUCCGGAUGUUCGUGGGCCACUACUCGGACGUCACCUGUGUCCAGUACCAUCCCAACUCCAACUACGUCGCCACCGGUUCCAGCGACCGGACGGUCCGGUUGUGGGACGUUCUGAACGGGAACUGCGUGCGCGUCAUGACCGGACACAAGGCGGCGGUUCACACGCUAGCGUGGUCGCCAGACGGACGGUAUUUAGCAUCAGCGGGCGUGGAUAAAAACGUGCUGCUGUGGGACAUUGCGUACGGCCGGCUUCUUGCCGAGAUGAAGGGACACACCGACCCUGUCUACUCUCUCUGCUUCAGUAGGGAGGGUUCGUUACUCGCCUCCGGCGGGAUCGACAACACCGUUAAGGUCUGGGACGUCCAGAAGGUUUUCGAGGAGAUUGCGGGUUCGGACGAUCUGACGAGUUUGGACCGGGCGUCGUUGGUGGAGGUCGGAUCGCUGUUGCUGGGUUCGUUUCCCACGAAAGCUACGCCGGUUCUGAAACUGCAUUUCUCACACAGGAACCUACUGCUGGGGUGUGGGAGAUACCAACAUAACUAGGACUGUACCACUGUGGUCCAUGGGGGGAUUACAGCACAUGAAGACACCUUAAAUUUUGUUACUUUCAUGAGAUGACUUAACAAUAAAUGCAUCCAUUUUU